AUGACAUCUCAACUUCCUGGUGAUAUUUUGGGUCCCAACAUAGCAGUUGCUACAGGGUUACCGCCACGCCAUAAAAUCAUUGUCGCUAUAGAUUUUGGAACUACAUUUCUGGUGUGUAUUAUUUAUGGCCUUAGCACCCAAGAAAUUGGCGAUGAACUUAGCAUUGUGCCUCUUUGCUCCCAUCACAAAACCGAAAAGCAGAAGAUCCCAUCCAGGAUUGCAUAUGCGAGAGAAAAUCCAAGCCUCCUUAAAUCAGACAAAUGGGGCUUCGACGUGGGACCAAAACUGAUGUCAUGUUCUUGGACGAAGCUCCUUCUAGACAAGAAUGCUGUCUUUGGCGAGGACGACGAUAUAAUCUCAAAGAUAGUCAUCGAUGAAGGAAUGAUGCACUUGCCACCACACCGAGACUGCAAAGGUGUCUGCGAGGACUUUCUCCAUGAGUUGUAUGUUGCCUUUGCUGGACAUGUCGAAAGAACGCUUGGAGUGGACGCCUUCAGAAUGUCGCCAAUAGACUGCUGGAUUAGUUUGCCAGCCAUCUGGUCUGAUGAGGCAAAGCAUGCCACCUUGGACGCUGCCAGGAAGGCUGGAUUUGCAGCAAACCCAAUGGAUGAGGUACACACAAUUGCGGAACCGGAAGCGGCAGCGAUUGCAACUUUGAGAGAGCUAGCUGCACCAGGAACUCUCAAUGCUGUGCAGCGCGGUGAUAAUGUCUUGAUAUGUGAUUGCGGGGGAGGAACUGUCGAUAUUACCACAUACACAGUCACUUCGGUUGCGCCGAAGUUGACUUUUGAAGAACUUUGCGUUGGAACUGGUCAGGACAUCCACUCACUAGGAAGGUCAAUCGGUCAUCUAGGCCCUCUCUUGUACAAGGAAUGGCAUCUACUUUGCAGCGAAGCACAGCUAAAUAUUGUUAUCAUAGGUGGAAAGUGUGGCUCUACCUAUAUUUAUCGUCACCUUCACGCUCUCUUAUCUGAUCGUUUCGGCAAUGCUUUCGACAGCAUCCCAUAUUCGAGAAAAGGUCCUGGAAGCGCUCUGAUGAACAAUUGGGAGGAGAUUAAGAAAUGCUUCGGUCUCGCCACUGAGAAUGCUAGCACCUUCGAACUAGGUCCGCUUUACCUUGAUUUGCCAAACAUGAAGUCCGUGUUCGAUCCAAUCGUCGAUCGGGUAAUCAAACAAGUUAAAAAGCAGGUCGACCAAGCAAAGCGCCAAAGAAAGGCAAAAAUCCAUCGCAUAGCUCUUGUGGGUGGAAUGGGAGCUUCAAAAUAUCUAUACAGCAGAUUAUUGUCGUGGUGUGCUUCAAAUGGACAUAUUGAGCUUCUAUGCCCUGAGAGCCCUGAUCUCGCAGUUUUAAGGGGUGCUGGAAUUCGGGCACUCGAAGGACUUGCGCCUCGCGUUAAGUACGUUCGUCGGCACUACGGCUUCCGAAUCAGUCGUGUCUUCCGGGAAUUUAUCGAUGAGGAAAAGCACGCAUACAUCGAUGAAUACUCGAAUCUAAAGUAUUGUGCAGGCCGAGCCAUAUGGUGUGUUUCAAAGGGCGAAGUGAUAACUGAAGGGUCGUUUCAUUCAGAAGGUUGUUCGUCCCCCUACAGCCCUGGAAAAGCCAUUAAUUCUACGGUUGAACUUUAUUCAUGCGAAGGAGAUCAACAACCUGAUAGGAUGGACGAUCCACGCGUCAAGAGCGUUGGCAAAAUACCUUACAACUUCCCCGCAGAUUUCAACUUCGGCAUGGACAGCAGGUCAAGAUUCAACCAGCGCCUUGACAGGAUGGUUCAUGAGUUCCAUUUUCAGAUCCAAGUUAUAUUUGGUGACAGAGGAGCCAAUCUGAAAUUCCGGCUCGCUGUUGGUGGUAGAGUGGUAUCCGACACUACCAUCGAAUUUCCUGAGCAUUGA